GCUAUGAAAUUUGCUAGGGCUAACCUAACUGGAGAAAUGGAGGACUACUUUAAAAAGUUUUGGAGCUACUACCUUGAAAUCCAAAGAUCAAAUCCUAACACUACUUCUAUUGUAAAGACGAGUGAAUUUAUAGAAGAUGGAGGACAGAAAAGAUUCUUAAGAUGGUACAUAUGUUGGGAGGCUUGCAAAAUUGGAUUUUCACAUUGUAGGAAGAUUAUUGGUGUUGAUGGUUGCCACUUGAGGUCUACAUUUGGGGGUUACUUGCUUACAGCAACAGCAAUGGACCCAAAUGAUGGAAUUUUUCCUAUAGCUUAUGCACUUGCUGAGGGUGAGAGUAAGGAGUCAUGGUCCUGGUUUUUAGCACUGCUUAAACAUGAUCUACGUAUUUCUGAGAGUGAAGAACAUAUGUACACAUUUGUGUCUGACAAGCAGAAGGGUUUGAUUCCAGCAUUUCAUAGUAAGCUCUCCCAUGUUAGUCACAGAUUUUGUGUCAGACACUUGUAUUCCAACAUGAAGGUUGCUGGAUUCCAUGGAAAGGCAAUUAAGGAGACUUUGUGGGCUGCAGCUAGAGCCACAACAGUUAACUCUUUUACAGAAGCAAUGAGGAAGAUGAAAGACUUGGAUGUGAAUUUUACAGAAGCAAUGAGGAAGAUGAAAGACUUGGAUGUGAAUGCAUUUGAUUGGCUUGGAGACAAACACCCCUCUGAAUGGUCUAGGUCACACUUUAGCACUGAUGCUUUGUGUGACAUUUUAGUGAACAAUGUGUUUGAGUGCUUUAAUGCCAUGAUUCUUGAUGCUAGGUCUUAUCCACUAAUUAGUUGUUUGGAAAAGAUGAGGACAAUUCUUAUGGUAAGACUGUUUAAGAACAAAGAAGUAGCAACCAAAUGUUCUGGCAGAAUAUGUCCUAGAAUCCUAAGGAAACUGGCAGUUGAGGAGAAAUAUGCAGGGCAUUAUUUGCCAAUUCAAUGUGAUUUAAUGCUGUUUGAGAUCACUGGAAUGCACACUGGAGAGCAUCAUAAGAUUGAUUUGGCUAGGAGAAGUUGUUCUUGCAGAAAAUGGGAUCUUACAGGAAUUCCCUGUAAGCAUGCUAUAUGUGCCAUUUGGAUGAAGAAACAUAAUGUCCUGGAUUAUGUUGACAACUGCUACUCUAUUGAGACAUAUUUGAAGGUGUAUCAAGCUGUAAUCAAGCCAAUGGCUGGGCCAAAUGAAUGGCCUAUGACUCAUAAGGAACCACCUUUGCCUCCUUUGUUCAAAACAAGGCCUGGUAGGCCUAAGAAAUUAAGGAAGACAGGUGCAAAUGAAAAUUCAAAGGGGAAAACAGUUGCUGAACAAAUUUCAAGAGAUGGGAUCUAUAUUUCAAGAGCACAUGUUCCUCUUCACUGUACAUUGUGUAAAAAAUCAGGCCAUAACAAAAGAAGGUGCCCUUUGAAACCAAAACAGACUGCAAAUGUAAGAGGCAAUACACAACAGCAAAAAGAAGUUCCCAUCACAGAUCAAUCAUUGGCAGGGCUAUAUGAGGUUGAAGUUGGAGUUGACAACUCAUUCCAAGGACUGCACAAUUUAGUAGACAUUCCAGUUGACAUUCCAUUUGAGAGUCAGUCCUAUAACAUGGCAGAAGAAAUACCAGUGCAGACAGGACCUCUCAGCUUCUCCACCCCCUCCACCACCCCCUCCCAAAAGGCCCCCUGCAAAAAGGACCCCUGCAAAAACCAUGAAGACUCUUGGUAUAAGGAGGAAGUACAAGACAAGAUACUUGACAGUUGA